AACAACGCUCCAGAUUGUACGCUUCUGUCUGCUGUGAAUGGAAUCAGCCAAAGCGCUCAGCCAGUGAAUGCUCUCGUCCAGAACGCCCAUUGGUGCUAGACGUCGCUCUGCUGCUGUCCUCAACGCCUGGCUGAGCUCGACCGUCUCGUCGCUCGACUCUGCAGCAGACGCCUACCAACCUGUGAGACCUCGCAGCAUGUCAACCUUGUCCGAGCGAGCCCGUUCUCGCGGUCGCAGCGCUCAUUGAGACAUACUCAGCGCAAUUCUCCUCUCGUCUCAAGAGUCGCAUGAUCGCGGUGCCUAGGUUGCCACUUAAGGGGCAGCAGUCUCACGGCCCUUCAUAUAAGAGCUCGCGUGCAAGCGAGUCGGACGACGCUGAAACCCAUCCUGUGCUGGGUCGCUGCGGCAUCAGAUUGAGCUCAGUCACUCAAGACAGGUUUCGCCUCACUCAAUCGUCUCAUGGUCGCAGCAGCACUCAUCGCAAUCGCGUUCGCAAUGGUAACAAUGCUCUAUCCGGGAACGUGGUCAUGACAGCGACUGUGAAUAUCCAUGUUGACACUAGUAUCUACUCACGGCGCAGAGAAUGGCUGCCUAAACCGCUUCCGCGCGCAUGGAGGUCUUAAGUAUCGUAAAGGUAUCAACAGGACCUCAAUCGUUUUGAUCUGUUGUCGUGCCAUCACGAGCCUGUUUCAUGACUCUCAGGAGCGUUCGCUGAGCGUUGACGAGCUUC